AAAAGUCUGGUUGACAAUCAACCUGAUUGUCACAGAGUGGUCAUGAUGGUGAAGCUGGGGAUUCUGGUAGCUGUCGCCGUGUUUCUGGAGACGGUCUCUGCGGCCUCUCUCGGCGUGGUGUACACAGAGGGAGGUAUGGUGGAGGGUAAGAACAUUCGUAUUGGCCUAUUCCGUCGGAUGGACGUCUUCAAGGGGAUUCCCUUUGCUGACAUCCCUGGAAGGUUUGAGAAACCGAAGCGUCAUCCUGGUUGGGACGGUAUUCUGAAGGCCACUGAGUACAGGCAGAGAUGCAUUCAGGUGAAUCUCUUGAUGUCCGACACCAGAGGCGGUGAGGACUGUCUUUACCUUAACAUCUGGGUUCCUCACGGCAGUAAAGUGUCCACUGAUCUGCCGGUCAUGGUCUGGAUCUAUGGGGGAGGCUUCCUGGCUGGGGGCUCGAUGGGUGCUAACUUCCUGGACAACUAUCUUUACAGCGGGCAGGAGAUUGCAGACAGAGGAAAUGUGAUUGUGGUGACACUGGGAUACCGUGUGGGCACUAUGGGCUUCCUGAGCACUGGAGACUCUGACUUACCCGGAAACUACGGCCUGUGGGACCAGCAUGCCGCCAUCUCCUGGGUGAAAAGGAACAUCCGCUCGUUUGGAGGAGACCCUGACAACAUCACCGUCUUUGGAGAGUCUGCAGGUGCAGCUAGCGUCAGCUUCCAGACUCUCACUCCCCACAACAAAGGUCUGUUCAAGAGAGCCAUCUCCCAGAGCGGGGUUGCCCUUUGCCCAUGGGCUAUUAAUAAGAACCCCCGCAGGUUCGCUGAGGAGGUCGCUAUAAAGGUCAACUGCCCCACAGAUCAAAACAUGGCUCCCUGUUUGAAGAUGACUGAUCCUGCUCUCCUUACGUUGGCCGGCUCUCUCAGUCUGUCCAGCUCACCCGACCACCCACUUGUAUGGAACCUGUUUCUGUCUCCUGUGAUUGAUGGGGACUUCCUGCCGGAUGAGCCUUCCAAACUGUUCCACAAUGCCGCUGCCAUCGACUACAUCGCCGGAGUCAACGACAUGGAUGGACACCUGUUUACUGGUUUAGAUGUUCCCUCAAUCAACUCCCCUUUGGUGGACACUCCUAUUGAGGACGUAAAGAGGCUCCUGGCUUCCUACACUAAGGAGAAGGGCAAUGCUGGUUUGGACAACGCUUACUCCACAUACACCUCCACCUGGGGCUCAAACCCCAGCAGCGAGACCAUCAAGAAAACCGUUGUGGGGAUUGGAACAGACUACAUCUUCCUGGUUCCUACCCAGGCGGCCCUCUACCUUCAUGCUGCCAACGCCACAACUGGCCGUACCUACUCGUACCUCUUCUCUCAGCCCAACCGUUUGGGGGGUAUUGGUAGGCCCUUACCCGGCUGGAUGGGAGCCGACCACGCUGAUGACCUGCAGUACGUGUUUGGAAAGCCUUUCACCACACCAUUGGGGUACUGGCCUCGCCACCGUGACGUCUCUGGCUACAUGAUUGCUUACUGGACCAACUUCGCCAAAACUGGAGACCCUAACAAAGGAGAGAAGGUGCCGGUUACCUGGCCUGCAUUCACCAGCACUGGACACCAAUACCUGGAGAUCAAUUCUAAGAUGGACAAGAACUAUGUAGGACAGAAGCUGAGAAUGCGUUAUGUGCAUUUCUGGUCUAGCCUCCUACCCAACCUUCCCAUAUCCUAUUCCGAGUAAAGACCGUGUGCAAUCACCUGUGCACCUGCCAUGUGGACCUAAAGACUUCAGGAAUUAAAUUAGUAUUGGUUCAUGAAAAAUAAAUUGAUGACGAAUACAAAUUA